AUGGUACGCCGUGUACGAGUAUGUCGCUCUCCCAACGCCUCGCCUCCUGGCAAAAAGAAACGGGCAUCACCAAAGCCCAAAGCUGAAGCUGAAGCGAAAUUCCAGCGGGACGUACAACAAGCUCGUCAAUUACUACACGGCCUCUCAGUCUCACCCGAAGCUGGUCCCUGUACUCACGACUAUGACGCUCAGUUGAAUCAAUUUAUGCCGUAUGGAGAUGAAGAGCCUUCCGAAGAUGAAGAGGAAGGUGGCAACGAUGACGAUGGUGUUGGAAGUGGCUGGGUUAACAUGAAGGAUUUCGAUGAGGAUGGGUCAAUCCGACGUUUUGUGGCCAAACAACGAGAAUAUCAUUAUGCUCAACAACGUGACAAGCUUCGGAUGCAGUGGGCCGAAAUCGAAAACCAGCUGACUGCUGCUUACCUCGAAUGUCAAGCUACGACAACAAACUGGACCACCCAAUUCUCAUACCUUGACGACGUCAGUAAGGAUUGUCAAUGCGAAGUAUUUCAUCAUCACAAUAUGGAUCUAGUUGAUAUUCUCGGUCGAAAAUCUCAAUCAGUCAAAUUCUGCCGCUGCCUACCCGAACCGAUACAGCUUGUCUUCCAAGGCUUUCUCCCAGCAUCACCCAGUCAGCCCCGGACCGGCUUUUCCAUCCGACUUUUACAACUUCAUCACCAUCUCUGGCUCACGUCGGUCUGCUCAGUAUCGGGAUUUAUCGAAGGGUUGAUGAACUUCCUCGAUACUAGAUCUGCCAAGCCAUUGAAGGCACGAGGAGGCCGUGGUACACGUCGCAAUCUCACCCAACCUUUCUCGAACGCCAGCCACCUCUUCAGUCGAGUGAAAGUGUUGUCAAAUCAGCUACUUCAAGAAGGUCUCCAAAUGAAGCCAGCGGACGUUUGGGCUCUCAAAGAUGGAGCUGAAGACGUACAAACUAACCAAUUGGCCCUCAGUAUCCAUGUUCUGAAGCUCACAAGGCCGCCGACGACACCAGAGGCAAGUCCACAUGGGAUAAAUGCAACAAUACCGGGCUCUUCGCGGCGGCAUGUCGCCACGAUGUUCCCCUGGCGAUGGCAAACAUCUAUCAAAGUGGCGAGAAAGGCUAAUCCUUACCAGCCCGGCACAAACUACAACUCAGCGUACUUUAAGACACAAUGGGAAGCAGAAAGAGCAGCUAACCGCACUACCGCCAAAGACAUCAAGGUGCGACAACAAAUCGAACUAGGUAAACUACUUUGCCUGGAAGCAAAGAUGUAUGAAACAUGGGCAAAUGAUACGGACAACGAAGAGCACACCUUUAAACGGCUGGACGACUUUCAAACAAUUGCCAAGGAUAUUGAGGCGCAGCGCAAGAAAGUCGGCCUUCCAGAAAGCUUAUCUAGGCUACCACCAACAGCGAUUGAUCUAUUUCUGAAAGUUUGGUAUGCGAAAACGGAGGUUAGAACACGAUUUCUGGCAUUACGGGCUGAGCAGAGGCCAUUAGAUCCCGAGAACAAGGUUGGAGGUGGCUCCAAGCUUGGGCAACACGAGAAAGAACGUAUAAUGACUGCAAUUUCGAAAAGAUCGAAAACAAUGAAAAAAGCCCUAGCAACUUAUAACAAAGUCGCCCAACAGUUUCAGGCCGAUUUUCCAGACCACCGAUGUUCGCCAGUCAUAGAGUAUCUCGAUUUGUUACAACUCGAGUCCGACGAUCCCUUCUGGAAUGACGGUGUCUUCACGCAUUUGAACGAACCGUGGGCAGUGGAUCACAAGACUCAAAUGGGGAUGAGAGCUCUAGCCCGCGUGCAGCGAGGACAAGAGGAGCUUCGGAGGGUGGGUUGGGAAGUUCGGAGAGCUAUGCGUUGGGCAACCGAAGUACAUCAGCAACUAUGGACCAUUCUCGACGCUCUCAAUCACCCUGAUGUCGAUUUUCACAUUUUCAUCGAAGCAUUUCUAACUAAUGCGGUUCUUUCAAGCUCUUCCUUGCGCGCGAAGAUAGUGCUAGUACGAGGGUUACUUCAUACCGAAUUCAUCCGGGUUUUUACGUUACAAGUCAGGUGGGAUAGGAAAUUGAUGGAAGUUCUAAUGAAGACGCCUCAUCAGGUAGGCGAUGAUGAAUUGAUGACUAUAUGGAAGUCACAACUUUACAAGAUGGCCCAGCUCCAACUCAACGGCUUUGGAUCAGCAAUAUCAGGAGACUAUGAGCAUCUGAUGCCUCAGAUCAUGGACGAAAACUUGCUAGACAGAUUUGACGGAGUAGGUGUGAAUGACGGGUUCAAUCAAGAACCAGGUGAGGAAGAUGCGCUGUCUGAUAUAAAUGAGGAAGAUUGGCAAAAUAUUAUUGAUGAAGGUAUGAUGCAAAACAUGUUGAAUGUUGAUGGGAGGAAUGAUGUUGAAGGAUGA